AUGUCAGCAGGGAUCACAGCCAUAGUCACACUUCAUAGUGACCGAUUGAAACGGCACUCCGAGUCGGAAAAAUUAGUGGCGGAAUAUCGUGAUCCCCUUUUGCUGGCAUCGAUGGAACUGCAAUCGAGACUCUACAACAUUCUCGAGCAAGACUUUCUCUGCUACUAUGAGAACAAAGCUCGGAGAGACUUGGUUGAUGUCUACACUGCAUUUUUGAUUGGCCAGUUUUUUUCUUGGACAUAUAUCCUUCGUCGGCAAGUCCAAUUCCUUCGUUUUUCAUCAAACAAAAGCAACCAGAAACUCUCACGUGCCAUCGAAGCUAUUCAGAAGUCAUUCAGCACCGAUAUGUACGGAAAGGAUGAUAGUGACUUCAUGCUAUGGCGCGGGGAGCAAUUGGCCAUUGGGGAGAUAAUGACUGUCUCUGAUGAUGGAGAGCUUUUUUGCUUACAAUAUUCACAAUUUAUCCAAAAGUUCAAGUCUGCAGAUGCUCCUUUUAAGGACUACUUCAAUCCUAUCACAGAAGGAAUUACUGCACUUGUGAACAGAAGAUCUACCCAUCAUCCCUCUCAGCAUCUACCUGCAGGUAGAUUGCGUCGUGUGCAGCAUUUUAUCCUGGAUCUAAUUGAUGUUUUGGACCCUCACUACUUGGGAAAAGCGUCCGCAAGGAGCCAACGAGUUUACUCUGCACCAUGCUGUGAUUGUUCGGAAUGCCGAAGGGAAGCUGGAUCGUAUGGGACAGAUUCUGGUACUUCCUGA